AUGUAUUUCAUUCCCAUCCUCUCUAGUGAGGAAGGAGUAAGGAGAGACAAUGAAAAGGGGCACAAAGAGUCAGCAACCUCAGUGCCAUGUCAGAAUGAGAAAGAGGACAUGGAUGAAGGGUUUACAGGGGCUCUGCUGCCUGAGAGAGGUGCUCCUUCAUGGAUGUGGGAGGGCUUCUCCGUAGACGACUAUAACCCAAAACCCCAACCCCAAGGUCCCCAACCAAAGGUCAUCACACCCAAACUGAAGGAAGAUAAGAGAUGCCUACCCAAAGUGACUGUGCCGCAGCCUUUCAAGAUGACCCUGCGUGAGGAGACAGAGGGGCAGAAGCAGAGGCAGCUUAGGAAGGCCUGGGAGGAGACUGCCAGCAAGCCAACAGCCACGCUGCCUCUAUUCAAAGCUAACCCUGUUCCCAAGACCAACCAGUUGCCCUUGUACGACAAGAUCGUAGAGGAGUGUGAGAGGCAGAGAAAGGUUCUCUAUGAGAAACGGAGAGAUCUCAUGCUGGCCAUGCGACAGCCCUUUAACUUGGGGUCAAAGGUUGCACAUGGUUCUGCCAAGAGGACGGCUGUAGCUGAGGGUGAUGAAGAGGGAACAGCAGCCAAGGAGGGAGACAAGGGACCAAAGGCUGAGAGUUCAGUUCCUGUCCCCUCCUAUAAGGACAUACUGGAAAGAUGUGCCCAGCUGGCUACUCGUCGCCCUCCUCCAAUGAAAGUGGAGAAGAAGCUCACUUUCCAACCCAUCAUCAACCGGACUAUACCCGACUUUGGGAGGUUGCACCACAGGUUUGAGGACCAUCUCAGGAGCGUCAGACAGGGAAUGCAUUCCACUGUGCCACAGCCUUUUAGUUUCCAGGUGAACGCUGGAGGUGAUCAGACUGUCAGUACGUCUAAGGAAACUCAGAAGAAUGUCAAGAAGGCCCCAUGCCCAGUGGUAAAGUGGGACCUAGCUAGAAUUAAGGCCAGCUCACAAAGACUUACCAAGUCUGCACUGCUACGAGAGGAGGCUGUGAAGUAUGUGCAGAGUAUACUGAAUUUCAGUUCUUAACUUGAUGCAAAUGUUGUUUUUAACUGUGGUAGGUUUCUAUUUUUAACUGUGUUAGGUUUCUAUUUAGACUAAAGAAUACAUCUUCUGCUAUUUACAGGAAGAGACUGGUAACGAGAGAGAAGAGACUGAGAGCAGAGCAGCAGAAGUCAGAAGCCAGGUGUAGUCUUCAGAAAGAGGUGGCCAAAUGGCUCAAUGCCCAGAAACAGCACAGUACUGCCAGGGCACAGCGGCAACAGCAGAACUACAGGUUUAACUCUUAGACCUUAGGGGGGGCUCACAGAAUAAUAUUAUACUGAACAAUACUCAGCCCUCCCUUUGUGUAACAGGAAGGAGAUGAGGGUGCAUAGUGCUGAGUAUCAAUCUGAGCUGGCAGAUAUGAUGGAGAGAGUCAACGGCAGACCACUGCUGCUCCAACGACACUGGCAGGUCAGAGUUCAGCAUAGAGUUGCAACUCGGCUGAUAUCCCUCCUUUACCAGUACACACUAUUCAGCCACAGUGAAGUACAUCUAAGGUCGGGUGCCUAUAGCUCAGCUGGUAGAGCACGGCGCUUGUAACGCCAAGGUAGUGGGUUCGAUCCCCGGGACCACCCAUACACAAAAAAAAAAAAAUUAUGCACGCAUGACUGUAAGUCGCUUUGGAUAAAAGCGUCUGCUAAAUGGCAUAUUAUUAUUAUUAUUACUAUAACCAUAGCCGCAGGAAGUAGCCCCCCUGAAAAAUCAUAAUACAAAAAAUAUUUUAAAAAUAUAUAUUUAUUUUGGAUUAAAUCUUUUUCACAAAAGUAGUGCACUAUGCCUUUACUAGUCCUGUAUUAGCUUUCCGAUAUAGCCGUCUGUAGUGCAGGCAAACGUCCCCCCAAACUACUUCCCGCGGCUAUGCCUACAACUCCACAUUGUUAGUGCCUGAUCUCAGGAAGUGGAAAUAACAUCAUAGGGUAAUUGUGUUGUGUCCUGUCCCAGGCCCGGAGAGAGGCAGACAAGGGUUUCUCCCUGAUCCUGGAGCGGGCUGGGCUGGACGAGGCUCUGCUGUGGAGCAAGGCUAUGCUCCAGGAACAGGGCCAGCGUUUACAGCUAGUGGCCACA